CCCCGGUCACCAUGCCGCGGCGCCUGCAGCCCCGAGGCGCGGGCACAAAGGGCCCGCCCGCCACGGCCGCGGCGGCUUCGGGGACGACCCAGCUCCCCCAAUCCGCCGCGGCAGCAGACCCCACCGCGACGGCCAAGCCGCUGCUGCGAUGGGACGAGGUGCCCGACGACUUCGUCGAGUGCUUCAUCCUGUCAGGCUACCGGCGGCUGCCGUGCACGGCGCAGGAGUGCUUGGCCUCGGUGCUGAAGCCUACCAACGAGACGCUCAACUUCUGGACGCACUUCAUCCCACUGCUGCUGUUCCUAAGCAAGUUCUGCAGCCUGUUCUUCUUGAGCGGCCGCGACGUGCCCUUCCACCACCCGUGGCUGCUGCCGCUGUGGUGCUAUGCUUCGGGCGUGCUGCUGACCUUCGCCAUGAGCUGCACGGCGCACGUGUUCAGUUGCUUGUCGCUGCGCCUGCGCGCCGCCUUUUUCUACCUGGAUUACGCUUCCAUCAGCUACUACGGCUUCGGCAGCACCGUGGCUUACUACUACUACUUGCUGCCUGGCCUGAGCCUGCUAGACGCCAGGGUCAUGACUCCAUACGUACAGCAGCGCCUGGGCUGGCACGUGGACUGCACGCGCCUCAUUGCAGCCUACCGCUCGCUGGUGCUGCCGGUGGCCUUCGUGCUGGCCGUGGCCUGCACGGUGGCCUGCUGCAAGAGCCGCACGGACUGGUGCUCCUACCCAUUCGCGUUGCGCACCUUUGUUUUCGUCAUGCCGCUCAGCAUGGCCUGUCCCAUAAUGCUGGAGAGCUGGCUUUUCGACCUGCGAGGGGAGAACCCCACGCUCUUCGUGCACUUCUACCGCCGCUACUUCUGGCUGGUCGUGGCUGCCUUCUUCAAUGUAAGCAAGAUCCCCGAGCGCAUCCACCCGGGCCUCUUCGACAUCAUCGGCCACAGCCACCAGCUCUUCCACAUCUUCACUUUCCUCAGCAUCUAUGACCAGGUGUACUAUGUGGAGGAGGGCCUGCGCCAGUUCCUCAAGGCUCCGCCAGCCGCUCCCACCUUCUCGGGCACUGUGGGCUACAUGCUGCUACUGGUGGUCUGCCUGGGGCUGGUCAUCAGGAAGUUCCUAACCGGCUCUGAAUUCUGCUGUAAGAAGUGAGCCUCCCCGUUGAAGGAGGCUGCUGGUUCGCCCACCUGUUUGUUUGGAGUUUCUGUUGUUGCUUUUGUUGGUUUGUUUUCAAGUUUUGUUGUGUUUCCUUCUUUGCUUGAGGAGGGUGCUGCAAAACCACAGGGGAAAAGCCCACCCAUUAUAUGAGGGUCCCAGUGUACUUGGGAUUUUGGAAGAGGGAGAGGGGAUCAAGGUGGAGGGAGAAAGCCGCUGGUUAUUGUCCCUGGAAGAAUUUGAAGCGGUGGUUUGGAAAGUCGAUUACAUCCAGGGAUUUUCAAAGGCAGUGAAUAAAACCCACAUGAAACCCCAAAUAGUUUGCUUUUCCAAUCAUCUUCUGUGCCAGCGGUAAUAACAAGUACCCUUGAGAGGUAAGGUAUGCAGUAAAGAGGGUAAAUAGACAAAAUCCCUUGGGACUUCCAUUUCAGUCUGAGGAAUGCUUUGGAUUUGUCAAAAGAAUGGCGCUUUGUAGGAAAUGGGCACAGAAACAUAAACCUAGGGCUUAACCUGCUGGAAAAUGCAUGGAAUGUGAACACAAGUUAAUUAUUUCAAAAUGUUUCUCAGAUCUUAUUUAAAUAGUAAUAUAUACAAUGAUUUUUCAUGAUUUAUCAAAGCCUGUGAUAUGCACUGAAUUUUCUUUGAUUCAUAGUUUUGAAUUUUGCAGCCCUUCUACAUUGCAUACACUUGAACUGGACAUCAGGGCAAGCUGCUUGAGAAUUCUCACCUACUUUUUAAACAGUGUUUUUUGAAGGCCUGUGUGUGUCAUGAUACAGCUGUGAAUUAUUCUACCUUAGGGACCCUGGUUAAUCUAUUGGUAAGGAGCUCAAGUGGUUUAUAUAGAUCACAUAUUCCUAUUUACUUUAAUGUAUUCCACAAAACCUAGCCUGUUUUUUUUUGUUUGUUUGUUUGUUUGUUUUAUUAUUUUUAAAUCUUAUUCUUUCCUUCUUACUUAAAUUGCCACUGGAAUUAAUGUGCCUUUUGAAGCAAUUCCCAAAUGACUGGUCCUCAAACACAAUUUCUCACUUGGGGAGAGCAGCAGUAGGCUUUUAUGACUUUACUGCAAAUCAAAGUUUAACAUUUCACCCAGGAGGGAAGGAAGAUGGUAUUGGUUAUAAGUGUUUGGUAGACCCAGAAGUGGCUUACCAGGACAUGCAGAGAAUUUGACUUCUUUGCAGGAAGGAGCCAAUUGCUAAUGUGGCUGUAUUUCCUAACGCAGCCAUGGGGGAAGGUUAGAGGACACUGUUCCAAACUGAUGCCAUCCAUCCUUGCUUAAAUUUGAAAAUAUAAUAUUCAGGAAUAAAAGAUAAUGUUAUAUUAUGAAAAUCAGAAGCAUAUUACGUGAGUUCUAACUGGAAAAUAUGAGUUAAAUGCUUGGUCAGUUAUACAGAACUUUCAUUUGGGUCCAGACUAGGGCAGUGAUUAGCGGUCACCUUAAGUUGUUGAAAAUUUAGUUAACACUCCCCUGAGACCCUUUCUAAGGACUCAGAUUGGCCAGUGUUAUUGAGAUAUUUCUUACAAAUGGUGAUCUGUAGUUAAGAUGACAACUCAAUUAACACAAACCACUGAAGUGGCUUAUUUAAAUACUUUCCACCCUUCCUGAUUAAGUCUUUUUGGUUAAGAGCCAAAUAAGCAAUUGAAUGGGAAGUCUUGACUUAAUGGUAUAAUUUAGAUUAAGCACAUAAAGUAAAUGGACAGUUACCUCAGCACUGCUAGGCUGGUGCUCCUAAAAGAUUGCUGUUUUUAUUUUUGCUUUUAAUUGCUACUGUAUUUGUAAACAGAGGCUCAGCACAAUUCCCUGGAGGAAUCAGUAUCCUUGUGUGUUAAUUUGCACGCAGAAGUUAAAUUUGUAUAUGUUUAUAUUUAACUUAGAAACUCAGUGGAAUUGUCUACUUUGCACACCUGCUGAUGGGUGUCAGUCACAUCCUUUGUGAAGUGCAAGGAAAUAUCUGUUAGAUUACAGAGGCUGCUGUUUUGUGCCUACAAUGGAUGUUGUUCCUUGGCUGUAACUUCAGGCCACCUAUUCAAGGAUAAGUGUGGAAAUCAGGAUAUUUCCACAUGCGAACUUAUCUGCAUGUCAUUGGUGUCUCUUCUAAACCCCCAAAGAAUGUUGAUUUGGAAGCUAGAGAAACAGACUGAAGGAUAUUUUGUAGCUUCCUUGUAAAGUGGGACCUCUCCUUUCAGAAGGAACUGUCAGGAGGCAGACAUCAAAAAAUGGUUAAUGAUUCUGAGAACAAGAAAUAAACUCUGUAUUUGUCAUUUUAAAAUUUUUGUUGGAGAAUUUCUGGGAUCACAAAUAGAAUUCUCUCCUUGCUCUCUCUCUUUGUCCUGAAGCAGAGGCCACUUAAGGAUAAAAUUAAACCCAUAUCAUUUUCAAGUGAUUAUGAUGCAUGAGCCCAGUAAGAUGACAUACUUUUUCCUGCCAAGGUUUUAGCACCCAGUAUGUCCCAGAGGGAAUGAGGAUUCAACUUUCAUUUUCCCUUUGACUUUUCCUUCCUCCAUUUUUCCUUUCCCAUUCAAUCUUAGGUUUUAUAUACUGUGUGUAACAUUGACAGUAGGACAUUCUAAUUGAUGACAGUGAUUUGGUUUCCCUUCAUUGUGCAAAUAGGUUAUACAUUCACUAUAUAAGACCAGGGAUGAUUUGUUAAACUAUAUAUAUGUUAUUUGCUAAAUUAUAUUGGAUUUUUGUCAAGGUAAACAAUGAUAUUUUAGAAUUAGCAAAUAUUUACUGUCUCUACAUUUGCAUGGAAUUGUCCAGAAAUAUUAGUUGUUUCAGGAGUAAUAUGGCAAUCAGAACAAAAUAUUUUAAAAAUAUUUUUUCACAAUCUCCUUUUUGCUGCAUCCCUUAAAAUUGAAUUUUGCUGCAUUGUAUCCAGCUGUUUGAAAUGUAGGACAAAUUAUAAAUAAGAGUCACUCCAUUAUCUCCGUACAACCUAUUUUAGCAGUAGAAUUUGGAAGCAUAUUAUGUAAUAAACUUUCUUUUUACUUGUUAAUCAUGAUCUAGAUGACAUCUCAAGGAGCAGCAUCCCGGAGUCACGCUUGGGAAAUGAGGUGUUUUGACAUCAGUGCCUGUCAACUGGUGGGUUGGUCACAGGGAUUGACUCAGCUGAUUUAGUAGGCUAAAUCAGCUGCCCUUCUUCCUUGCCCUUCCUAAGCUGCACCCUUAAGUGAAGAGGAUGACCUUCCCAGAGAGAGGGAGUGAGUUCUUCAGUCAUGUCAUGACUGCCUUGUAAAAAUAAAUGACAUCUUUUCCAUUGGCCGUAUCCUUCCUAUAAAUAGCCCUUGGAGAAAGUACGGGGCUUCAGAGCUGGCUAGAGUGGCCUUCACAUGUUUCCAUUCAUAAAUCGUGCUUGUAAGUGCUUGCAGCCAAAAACUAUUUAGCCUGAUUCAUCAGGCUACUUCAAAGGAAUCAUUUCUAAGAAUGAAAAAUUUAGGGAUGAAGGUAAUUUUUAUAUAUAUAUUUUUUCUGAUUUGGUGCUGAAUCUGAGGGCUAACAGCAAUAAUAAACACUUUAAAUCUCUUAACGCCAAUUAGUUACUCUGCACUAAGCUAUAGUAUGAGACAGGUACAGUAGGAGUUAUCCCUGUUUCAAGGUUUUACCACUGAUCAAGGGGACAGAAUUAAGUUUUCAAACUGACGUUAGAACGUGGGAAUGACUGUGCCCAGCGGUGAGUGUUAACGCAUUUUGCACUGCUAUGAUGCCUGGCCAAACACAUGGACAUUAAUUGUCCUUUGUGUCUUUUAAUUGACUACUUUAUAAUUUUAAAAUAGACUGAAGUAAGAUAUGGCAAUUAUUGAAAUUCGUUUCUAAAAAUCUAAUA